AAGCGUGGCUCGGUUUCAGAAACCGGUCACCGAUAAAAUUGGAUCCGCGGGUUCUAUGGAACUAACCAAUGACGCCUCUUCCACUGCCUCGGUGUCCUCAGCGAUCGAUUUUCUGACAUUAUGCCAUCGGCUCAAGACUACGAAAAGGAAAGGAUGGAUCAAUCAGGGGAUAAAUGGUCCUGAAUCGAUUGCGGAUCAUAUGUAUCGUAUGGCUCUGAUGGCGCUUAUCGCUGGUGAUCUUCAAGGUGCUGACAGAGAAAGGUGUGUUAAAAUGGCUAUCGUGCAUGACAUUGCUGAAGCUAUUGUCGGAGAUAUAACUCCUUCUGAUGGAGUGCCUAAAGAAGAAAAGAGUAGACGGGAGCAAGCAGCUUUAAACGAGAUGUGCAAAGUUCUGGGUGGAGGGCUAAGAGGUAUCUACAAAGAUUUUGGCUUU